GUAAAGACGAAUUCUUCAAAGAUGAUUUCUAAAACUAAUAUUUUUUCACAUAUUGUUUGUCAAUAUGUUGGUAUCAGAAAUUAACUAACAUACUUUAGAAUUUUAUCACACUGUAAUAAUAAUCUUUAAUUAAAAGGAUAUCAAUUGAUAUGAUAACACGAUACAAUAAUUCAGUUGCUGCUUGUAUAACUAUAAAGAAUGAUAUUAUUUUAUACAAUAUUAUGCCUCAUACCAUGUACGUGGGCCAUGGAAAGGCGGAUGAUAGAACCACCAAUAAGGGUGGACCUCUCAUCGCCCGGAGACGUUCAAUUUUUCAGUACUUCUGAUGUUAAAACCAGUUGGAUAACUAUGCCGAUCGACCAUUUUGAUCCGCAAAAUAAGGAUACUUAUCAAAUGCGUUUCAUGUUCAACGAUGAAUUCUUCGGAGGUGACGGAUAUCCAAUCUUCAUUCUUGUGGGAGGAGAAUGGGACAUCGUUGAAGGCUGGCUGCGAGCCGGUAACAUGUAUGAGGCGGCGCGUGAGAAUAAGGGCUACCAGUUUUAUACGGAACAUAGAUAUUAUGGAGAAUCUUUGCCAUAUCAGAACUUCACGACACAGAAUUUACGUUUCUUAAACGUAGAUCAAGCGCUAGCUGACCUCGCAUAUUUCAUAAGUGAAAUGAAGAGCCACCCUAGAUUUGCUAACAGUAAAGUGGUGUUGUAUGGAGGCUCGUACGCGGCGAACAUGGUGAUUUGGUUCAAGCAGAAGUACCCACAUCUGGUGGUCGGUGGUGUAGGCUCCAGUGGACCUAUUCUAGCUAAAGUUGAUUUUACAGGUUAUUUGGAAGUUGUCCAUCAAGCAUUUUUAUCGGAAGGCGGUGAGCAAUGCAUUGCGACAAUAAGGCAAGGUAUAGCUGACACAAUAGCAGCUAUGAAUACAGAGGCUGGAAGACGGGAGCUAGAGAGAAAUCUUAGAUUGUGUGCACCGUUAGACUACAAUAAUGAAUACGAGUUGGGAUUCCUUUCGGGACUCAUCAGUUGGACAUUUUCGACCUCCGUCCAGCAAGCCCGGCCAGGCUCACUUCGAACUAUAUGCGAUAAUUUCGCAACUGAAGCUUACGGAACCAAUCCAAUGGAGAAAAUCGGUGGCUACAUUGCCACUAUACGCAAUCUAGGUGAAGAUGAUUGUUGGAACAUAAAUUACGAGAAUUACAUCGAAGGCUAUAGAAACAGAAAUACUAAUUCCCGUGCAUGGUACUAUCAAACGUGCACAGAGUACGGGUACUACCAGACUGCGCCGCGCAUUGGCACCGUGUUCGAUCAACUGCGCUGGUUAUCUGUGGCCUUUUAUGUAGAUGUUUGUAAACAGGCUUAUGAUCCAAGUUUCGACGAAGCAUUCGUAUACGCGGCUGCAGAUCGCGUCAAUCGUGUUUAUGGGGGUUUAGAACCCAAAGUGAACAAUACAGUCAAUAUUCAUGGUAUUAUUGACCCGUGGCACGCUCUCGGAGUGUAUGAAGAGGACUUGUCUGAGACUUCGCCUACUUAUACUGUGCCGAGGGCAUCCCAUUGCUUCGACAUGCAACGUUGGUUAAGAACAGAUACAAUUAGAAUGACAAACGCGCAACAGGCCGCGCGAAGACUGAUUGCUAGUUGGCUGAAGUGAUUCAUUGUUUCAUAUUAUGAAGUAUAGAAUAAUAAAUAUUUGUAUUGCUAAA